UUUUUUUUAAAGGCUGUCUUUUAUUUAUUUAUUUUUAAGAUAAAUAAAAGUGUUCUUUAAUGAGCUGUGAGAUGAGGAGCUGCUGGUAACAUAUUUCAAGAUUCAACUGCUAUUUAUUGUGUUUGAUGCACAUGUUUCUGCACAGUGCAUUUAGGAAAUACAAGAAAAGGAUCCAAAACGGCUGCGGGGGAACAAUCGGCAAACAUGCCUACAGAAACAAUACAGACAGGUAGCAUGGUGAAACCGGUAAGCCCUGCAGUCACUUUCACAUCUGCUGUCCCUCUAAGAAUAUUGAACAAAGGGCCGGACUAUUUUCGCAGGCAGUCUGAGCCUAACCCCAAGAGACUCAGUGCAGUUGAGAGACUGGAAGCUGACAAAGCAAAAUACGUUAAGAGCCAAGAGGUUAUCAAUGCCAAACAGGAGCCUGUAAAGCCAGCAGUCCUUGCAAAACCUCCUGUGUGCCCUGGAGCUAAAAGAUCAGUGGGUAGUCCAACUAUUAAAAUGUUUAACAAUAAUUCAAAGACUGAAAGCUGUGUACAAAGAGAGAACUUAAAGCUAGAAAUUCUUAAAAAUAUUAUCAAUAGUUCAGAAGGUUCUAGCACGGGUUCCGUACAUAAGCAAAGUUCCCGAAAUUGGCCUCCAAGUAGGUCUGACUCAGUUGACCUUAAUCGACAUUCAUUUGCAGAAUCCCUAAAGGUUUACCCAACACAAAGUCAUGGUAGCCCUCAAGACAGCAACUCCAACAUCAGCAGAAGACUUCUGGAAAAGUCAAAUGAUACUUUUUUACAUGUUUCUCACAGUUCAUCAGACAUUAGAAAAGUAACCAAUGUGAAGCAGAUCAAAGCAAUUCCAUGCAGCAGCUCAGCCCCACCACUGCCUCCAAAACCCAAGAUGUGUAACCUCACUCCCCUAAAAUCACCAGAAAAUGAUAACAUGGAAUCUGGAUGUGGCGUUAGUCGCAGGCCUUCCCUCCAACGAUCGAAGUCAGAUUUAAGUGACCGUUAUUUUCGUGUUGAUGCAGAUGUUGAGCGAUUCUUUAAUUACUGUGGUUUGGAUCCUGAAGAGCUUGAAAACCUUGGGAUGGAAAACUUUGCAAGGGCUAACUCUGAUAUUAUUUCUCUAAACUUUCGCAGCGCAAGUAUGAUCAGCUCAGAUUGUGAACAGUCUCAGGACAGCAACAGUGACAUUAGAAACGAUGACAGUGCCAACGAUCGUGUGCCGUAUGGCAUUUCUGCAAUAGAAAGGAAUGCCAGAAUAAUAAAGUGGUUGUAUAGUAUUAAACAAGCUAGAGAGUCACAGAAGGUUUCACAUGUCUGAGAAAGCUCCAACUGUACCUUUUUGUCUGUGAAUAUUCAGUUGUGAAAGGUCGUAAAGUCUACUUGAAGUCUUGUAAACUUUCCAAACUGCUCUGUGUUGCUUGUUCUGCAAUGUUUUCAAGUUGCAUGCCUGUCAACAUGUGAACGGACCUGGCUUUCACUUGAAAAAGAACUACAUUAAGCCUUUUCAAAUAUAUUCACAAUCUGCCAAAAGUUUAAGACCAACUCAAUUUAGUAGCUUUGGUUUAAAGCUCCACUGUUUACAUGACAACGAAGGGUAGAUUAACUUACAUAACAUUCUUAACGUUACGUCAUAUUGUUUUGAUAUAUAAAUAUGUACUUUUUUUAUUUUUGCCUCUAUUAUCACAAAGAAAAAAAAUACACUGUCCAGUAUUUCUUUCCACAUAAUUUUUUUUAUUUUAUUUGAAACAAAAAUGGGAAUAGGUCAAAUAAUGUAUUCAAAGCAUUAUGUUAAUUCAUCAUUUACCCAUCAAGAAAUUGUCCAUUAAAAAGGACUCUGUCUGAAAAAUAACUGGUAUUACUGUAAGGUGUAGUGUAACAGUAUGUUUUUAGGAGCAAAGUGAUGUUCGUAU